AUGCAUUUGAUGUACACUCUUGACAAGGAGGGCAACCGCCUCUACACCCUCAAGAAGGUCGCCCACGGCCAGGUCACCAAGUCUGCUCACCCUGCUCGUUUCUCUCCCGACGACAAGUGGUCUCGCCAGCGUGUCACUCUUAAGCGCCGCUUUAACCUUCUGUUGACCCAGCAGAGUACGUGA